AACAAAAGUACUGCAAGGAAAGUAGUUUCCAAAUCGACCACGUUACCGACAGUCCAAUCAGAUGGCUAAAAGGAAAGGGCAGAAUCUUCUAGAACCCUUAAACAACCUAUAUAAUAACAUCGAAGCUUCACUCCAUUCAAUAUUUCCUAAACAAUCGCAAACCCUAAUCAGCUACUCUUUCUCUCUCGAUUUUACCUAAGUUUAGUUCCCUAAGUCUCUAGAUCUUGCUCGAUUCUGCGUUAUUGUUCCAAAUCAAUCAAUGGCAGGAAAAGGAGAAGGUCCGGCGAUCGGAAUCGAUUUGGGGACGACGUACUCGUGCGUCGGAGUGUGGCAACACGACCGCGUUGAAAUCAUUGCCAAUGACCAGGGUAACAGAACGACGCCGUCCUAUGUCGCCUUCACCGACACAGAGCGCCUCAUCGGCGAUGCUGCCAAGAACCAGGUCGCCAUGAACCCUAUCAACACCGUCUUCGAUGCGAAGCGAUUGAUUGGUAGGAGGUUUACUGAUGCAUCAGUUCAGGCUGAUAUGAAGCACUGGCCAUUUAAGGUUGUUCCUGGUCCCGGUGAUAAGCCAAUGAUUGUUGUAAACCACAAGGGUGAGGAGAAACAGUUCUCUGCUGAGGAGAUUUCAUCCAUGGUUCUCAUUAAGAUGCGUGAGAUUGCAGAGGCGUAUCUCGGCUCCACGAUUAAGAAUGCAGUUGUCACUGUCCCUGCUUAUUUCAAUGAUUCCCAACGUCAGGCCACCAAGGAUGCUGGAGUCAUUGCCGGCCUCAAUGUCAUGCGCAUCAUUAAUGAGCCAACCGCUGCAGCCAUUGCAUAUGGUCUUGACAAGAAAGCUACAAGUGUUGGUGAGAAGAAUGUGCUUAUCUUUGACCUCGGUGGUGGCACUUUCGAUGUAUCUCUUCUCACCAUUGAGGAGGGUAUCUUUGAAGUGAAGGCCACCGCUGGUGACACUCACCUUGGAGGGGAAGACUUCGAUAACCGUAUGGUGAACCAUUUUGCUCAGGAAUUCAAGAGAAAGCACAAGAAGGACAUCAGUGGAAGCCCCAGAGCUCUUAGGAGGUUGAGAACUGCUUGUGAGAGGGCAAAGAGGACUCUUUCCUCGACUGCCCAAACAACCAUUGAGAUUGAUUCAUUGUACGAGGGAGUUGAUUUCUACACAACCAUUACUCGUGCCAGAUUUGAGGAGCUAAACAUGGAUCUCUUUAGAAAGUGUAUGGAUCCUGUUGAAAAGUGUUUGAGGGAUGCCAAGAUGGACAAGAGCAGCGUCCACGAUGUAGUCCUUGUCGGUGGAUCUACUAGAAUUCCAAAGGUGCAGCAGCUAUUGCAGGAUUUCUUCAACGGGAAGGAGUUGUGUAAGAGCAUUAACCCAGAUGAGGCUGUUGCUUAUGGUGCCGCUGUGCAAGCUGCAAUCUUGAGUGGUGAAGGCAAUGAGAAGGUUCAGGACCUGUUGCUGUUGGAUGUUACCCCUCUAUCCCUUGGUUUGGAAACUGCUGGAGGAGUCAUGACUGUUUUGAUUCCGAGAAACACUACAAUUCCUACCAAGAAGGAGCAGGUGUUCUCUACCUACUCUGAUAACCAACCUGGUGUGCUGAUUCAAGUGUACGAGGGUGAGAGGGCAAGAACAAGAGACAACAACUUGUUGGGCAAAUUCGAGCUCUCUGGCAUUCCUCCUGCUCCUAGAGGUGUUCCGCAAAUCACCGUUUGCUUUGACAUUGAUGCCAAUGGUAUCUUGAAUGUAUCAGCUGAGGACAAAACCACUGGUCAAAAGAACAAGAUCACUAUCACUAAUGACAAGGGGAGGUUGUCCAAGGAAGAGAUUGAGAAGAUGGUUCAGGAAGCUGAGAAGUACAAGUCCGAAGAUGAGGAGCACAAGAAAAAGGUUGAGGCGAAGAAUGCUUUGGAGAAUUAUGCCUAUAACAUGAGGAACACUGUGAAGGAUGAAAAGAUCAGUUCUAAUCUCUCACCGGAUGACAAGAAGAAAAUCGAGGAUGCUAUUGAUGAGGCCAUUCAAUGGUUGGAAGGAAACCAGCUUGCAGAGGCAGAUGAGUUUGAGGACAAGAUGAAGGAGCUUGAGAGCAUCUGCAACCCCAUCAUUGCCAAGAUGUAUCAGGGUGGCGCUGGACCUGACAUGGCUGGUGGCAUGGCUGAAGAUGGACCCUCUGCCGGUGGAAGUGGUGCAGGCCCUAAGAUUGAGGAGGUUGAUUAAGAAGUACUAAGUUUUUUUUUUUUUUUACUAGGAGAUUUUACUUGGGUAUAUUUAUUUUGUUUGAUGUUUGGGCAAGUGGCAGUUAGAGGAUAUAUUAUCUGGUUGAUGAAUCUAUUUCAAUGGCAACAAGUUUUUUCAUAAUAUUUUGUUA